UCAUAAUGCCAAGUGCCGCAUGGUUUUUGUAGAAUAUUUUGAUGAAUUUAUAAUAGUUGUCAAAAGAAUAUAUUAAUUUUAAGUUUGAUUUAUAUAACAUAUAUAAUAUAUAUAUUAAAGUUCCCGGAUUAGGAGUCAUUUUUAUGACCCACAGACCGGUUGAAAAAAAACCGAAUUGACUAACUACUUAUAAUAAAAAAAUAAAUUUUCGCUACACUAGUUGCAAGAUGGAUGAAGAGCAACGGCGUAUGGAAAGCGCUGUGAAUAAUGCAUUAAACGAUAUUGAUAAAAAAUGCUUACGAAAAUUACAAAUUCAAAUGCAUCAGUGUUCCAUUGAUUGUUGUAAAGAUACUUCAAUCAACAUUAACUCGUUGAAAGUAUGCGUUGAUAACUGUGCAAAAGAUGUGGUUUCGAGUCAGAACUAUCUUCAAAAUGAAUUUAGUAAAUGGCAGCAUAGGAUACAACGUUGUGUACAAGACUGUCAGGAUACGAUUAGUGAUAAUAUGACUGGAAAUCCUAGUGAAUCCCAGAUAAGCAAAUACACUAAAGAAGCUGAAGCUUGCAUGUCACGUUGUUUUACAAAGCACAUCAACUUAUUGCCGCAGCUGACUGAAAAAAUUGUGUCAACUUUGAAUAACCGUUAAAAAAAUUCUUUUAAAAAUAAUUAAAAUUUUAGUAAUCGUGUAAGUUAUUUAUGUGAUCUAGCAAUGUCAAUAUGUUUUAUAAUUAUACGAAUAGUCAUAUUGUUAAUGAAAUAGGUGUUAUCAGGAAGCUUAUGCAAGGACAUAUUAGUAACAUAAAAAUCAUGUCCGGAUUACAAGUUAAAAAUGAAGUCAGUUUUCAUCUGUCACUGACCAAGAUUUAUGUUAAUUUCUUCAAAUGUUAUUUGAACAAUGUUGCAAUUUUUGGUUAUGUUUAUUAAAUACUGAAUUAUUAUUUUU